AUGCUUGCGGAAACCACUGGAUUUCUGUUGGUGAGGGCACUUGACAGGAGACUAAAACAAGCACAUCACCGAGAGAACUUGUCUGCAGUCAUCCACGAUCACAGAGCCAUGUUUAAACACGCGCUGUUUGGGAUUAACCCAGAGGGCAUGACGGGAACACCCAACUUGUCUCGGCCCCCACAGAACAGGAAACAGACGGUGAAGAUGGAAAGGCACUCGGUCCAGAGCGGCCCCAGGAAGGAGGCGGACUCGCCCGCGGUAGAUUUUAAAUACUCCAGCUUCAGAGAUUCGGGUCCCACGUCUUCACUUCAAGAUAGUGGCUACAGCGAGUUAUUAAAAUCGUGCCGACUUGACAAUGCAGACAAGGAAGUUUGGGGAGAGAAAGAAGAAGGCCCAACACUAAUCCACGAGCAGCCUGAAGCUCCGAGGCUGACCUUGACACACCCUUGGGAGUCGCCCGCUCCAACCAAGCGGCGUGUCUCCCGGGGACAGGACAUGGAGAAAAGUCCCGAACUUUGUGAAACCCCAAAAAUCGGUGGAGAAAAGCGUUUGCUGCGCAGAAGGUUGACUUUAUCGUUCGCUCUCCUGGAAGGGGACUUGGAGCCACGGAACAGUACCCUGGACAGUUGCGUUAGCCACAGCGUGGGAAAGAACAUUGCAAGCCGCGCGGCAGGGCUCCCCAGGCAGGAACGCGUUGGCGCUCUAGUUAGCAGCUCUCUCUCAGCCGAGGAAACGACUCGCAGCUCUGAGAAGUUGAGACGCAGCUUUUCCCAGCAGAAGACGUCCACCAUCGACGACUGCAAAGGCGACUGCGGCCUCUUUGAAGUGGACUGCAUAUCGCCGAUCCCCGGCAGCAGCUUUCAAGACUCCAUCACCGGGGACUUCAGCGACAGCAGCUUAAGCGGUCACGACGAGAAUGCCUACCCCGAACUUCUGGGGGCCUCCGGGAGGGCGACCCCGAGUGGGCCAGACGAAGACCUAUUUGUGACUCCGGUCGGUCAGCUCGCCGCCCACAUGCAAUUCCAUGCCAGGAAAAGACUGCCUCCGGCCACACACGUGCGAGGCAAAGCGUCCACCCCCGAAGACAGCGGUUUUAAUUCCCUGAGCUUGGAGAAAUCCGAAGAUUCCCUCUCUGACCCGGAGGGCUCCUUCCAAGAGCUGCUUCAGAAACACCAGGGACCUCUCACGGCGGCCGGGGACACCAGAAGAAAGUCCCGGCGUCUGGCGAGGUCGAGAAGACUGUCCACCCUCCGGGAGCAAGGCUCCCCGUCGGAGCUGGAAGAGCAGCAGCCCUCACCCCCUGCUUCCCAGCCCAGGCCGGCGGCCGCUCCUGCCAGCUCCCAGAGCCCUCCGGGCCGCGCCACCCCUGGGAGCGAGGGCCUGGUUUUAAGCUUUAAGGAUCUGUCCAACACCCCGGCUCUGCAGCUGGUCCACGAGCUCAUCUUGAGCAGCAAAAGGAAGCGUUUCCAGCAAAGCGGGGUGCGCGGAGUCCUGGAAGAAAGGGCUGCAGGGAAACUGGCUGUGCUGCAGUGCGUGCUCGCAGGACUGAUCGGCAAGAAAAUGGGUGUAGAAAAGCUGGACAUCUUGACCGAACUAAAAUACAGAAACCUAAAGCAUAUUCUUGCUGUGGUUUUAGAUGCCUUGACCGCAGAAAGCCUCUGCAGCGUUUGGAGAGUAAGCAGAAAUUGGCGUGAAAUUGUUAUCCAAGAUAAAAAAGCAAAUCGGAGGAGAAAAAUUCAUAUCACACAAUUGAAAACAGAUUCUGAGGGGGCUAUACUCAGUGUUGAGGAUGCUGCCACUCGGCGCCACCUUUUAAACCGCUCAGCCCUGAGAUCUGUGCAGGCACAGGCCAGGACACCAGGCGCUCAGCUAGAACAAGCCCCAGCCUUGUCUCCCUGGGGGCAGGUUUUGACACCAGUAGCAAGCGCUUCUCUUGCUCCCCAAAGCAGCAAGCAGGAAGAAUACUUGAAGGUCGCCCAGACGCUAUUUAUUGAUGAGGCCUUGAAACCGUGCCCCAGGUGCCUGUCCCCCGCGAAGGUCCAGCCAUAUAAGAAAAGGGGAGUGUGCAGCCGCCCCGCCUGUGGUUUCGACUUUUGCGUGUUGUGUCUGUGUGCUUACCACGGGUCCGAAGAGUGUCGGGGAGGGGCCGUCAAGCCACGGAGCAGAAAGGACACUCUUCCGGGAAGUGCCCAGAGCAAGCGGAACUUAAAACGCCUCUAGAGAUACUUUAAACGCAGAGCCGCCCCUCCCCUUCAGCAAUGUUUGAUUGGUCUGCCUUAAAAUUAUGACUAUUUUGAAAGCAUGCAAAUCUUCCAAUUAAUGACCGGUGAUGAUGAUGUG